AUGAUCAAAAAUCCUUUAUGUCUUUCCCCAUUAUUCCAAAUCCCAAAGUCGCGUUUUCAGGCUCUUCAAAUCCUUCGUCUGCGCCAGAUCAACAAUGGUGUUUUCGUCAAGCUGAACAAGGCCACCCUCCCCCUUCUCCGUAUUGUCGAACCAUACGUAGCUUGGGGUUAUCCUAAUCUCAAGACAGUCCACGAUCUGAUUUACAAGCGUGGAUUUGCCAAGGUGAACCACCGACGACUUCCAAUCACUGAUAAUAACAUCAUUGAGGAGGCUCUUGGCAAACACGAUAUCAUCUGCAUGGAGGAUCUUGUCCAUGAAAUUUAUAAUGUUGGCCCUAACUUCAAGGCUGCAUCAAACUUCUUGUGGCCCUUUAAGCUCAACAAUCCUACCGGAGGCUGGACUAAGAAGACCAAUCAUUUUGUCGAAGGAGGUGACUUUGGAAACCGUGAGGAUCAGAUCAACAAAUUGCUACGAAAAAUGAUCUAA